GAUAAGAAGGGCGUUGUAAAAUCUAAGACACGAUUUGUAUAUACCUGAGGUGAUAUAAAAAAGAUAGUAAGAUGAGAUUAUUAGUAAGACGGAAUAAAUUAAUGAUGUUUUCGGGUGGAAUUUUUUUAUUCGGAAUUGUAUUCGGUUGGAUUAUCUUCCCAAAAAUAUUAAAUAUUAUGCUAAAAAAGCAAAUCAACCUAAAACCCGGAACUGACAUUCGUGAACUAUGGCAAAGUACACCUUUUCCUUUGGAUUUCUUAAUUUAUGUCUUCAACAUUACAAACCCAAAUGAAGUGAUAGCUGGUGCAAACCCUAACUUACAAGAAAUUGGACCAUAUUACUUUGAGGAAUGGAAAGAUAAAUAUGAUUUGGAUGAUGAUGUCAUUGAAGACUCAGUUACUUACAACAUGAGGAACAAGUUCAUCUUUCGAUCAGACUUAUCGAACGGGUUGACCGGAGAAGAAGUCAUUGCAGUUCCGCAUCCAUUAAUUCAAGCAAUUGCUAUAGUUGUGCAACGCGAUCGAGCCGCAAUGUUAGAUCUUGUUGCCAAAGCAAUAAAAAUAGUGUUCCCUAAUCAGUCCGCUAUAAUGGAAAUUAAAUUCAUGGACCUUUUUUUUCGUGGAUUCUAUAUCGAUUGUUCAUCGGAAGAAUUUGCUGCUAAGGCUCUUUGUACAGCUUUUUAUACGGGAGAAGUCAAACAGGCAAAACAAGUAAACGAUACACACUUUUUAUUCUCAUUCUUGGGAGCAGCCAAUUAUAGUGACGCAGGUCGUUUCACGGUUUGUCGUGGUGUAAAAAAUGUUCACAAAUUAGGAAAAGUAAUCCGCUUCGAAGACGAACCCGAAAUGGAUACUUGGGCGGGUGAUAAGUGUAAUCAAUUUAUCGGUACUGACUCCACAGUUUUUCCUCCAUUCAUGUCCAAAGAAGACGGUUUGUGGGCAUUCACACCCGAUCUUUGUAGAUCUCUCGGAGCAAUAUAUCAUUCCAAGUCUAAAUAUGCCGGAUUGCCUGCAGUAAGGUAUUUUCUGGAUUUGGGUGACAUAAAGGCCGAUCCAAAUCUUCACUGCUUUUGCGACGAUCCAGAGGAUAUAAACUCCUGCCCUCUUAAGGGAACAAUGAGUUUGUUUGCAUGCGUCGGAGCACCACUAAUUGCAUCAAUGCCACACUUUUUUCACGGCGAUCCAAGCCUUUUGGAAAAUGUUAACGGACUAAGUCCAAAUGAGGAAAAGCAUGCAGUUUUCAUCGAUUUCGAAAUUACUUCUGGAACGCCUUUUCAGGCAGCAAAACGUCUGCAAUUUAAUUUAGAUGUUGAACCAGUACCGAAAAUUGAGCCCAUGAAAGAUGUAAAGCAACUUGUUAUGCCACUGUUCUGGAUACAAGAAAGCAUAGCUUUAAAUAAGACUUGGACCAAUAUGCUCAAGUACACUUUGUUUCUUGGUUUGAAAAUUAACUCUACAAUACGCUGGACGAGUCUAAGUGUAGGAAUGCUUGGUCUGAUAUUUAGUGGUUAUCAUUUCUACAAAAAGUCGGAGAGCAUUGAUAUAACUUUGCCUGUUCAAACUGCUCCAGAAACCACUAUCGUUUUGCCAAUAACACAAACGCAACAAGAAAAUUCUGUUGUAGAAGAAAAAAAUGGAGAAGAAAAAAAGUUUUAACAUUAUCAUCAAAAACACGAAAAAAAUUAAAUUUGCUUAUGUAUUUUAGCACGCUUAGUAACUAAAAACAAAACUCACUACAUAUUUAAAAAUAUUUAUACAUUGUACCUCCCUCUUUUUUUUCUGAAA